CUUGUUGACACUCAAAGGACAUAAGUGCUGUAAUAUCAAUACAUAAGACAUGAUGAUACUUUACGGGACGAUAACUGCGAGUGUAGGCUAUCUAUGAUCUAGACACGAAACUGACGUUGUAUCCAUUACACAACCCAUCUCAGGUACUGAAACGACGCGCUGUUAAAGAAACACGGUCAAGAUGAAAUCCAUCACGGAACCCAACCCCUUCAAAGCUUUGAUCAUCAAGAACUUCCGCUCUGGCCGCCCAUCAGGCGACAUGAUGGUCAAGUCCUUCAGCGACAAUAUCUGUCUAGCAAAGCCAAAUGCCCAAAUCGAUGUUUUCGGUGCUGCCGAUGGCGAGGCUAUCCCCGACCCAUUGGAGUACGACUUCAUUGUCUUGAGUGGCGGAACAGUCAAUCUUUUGGAAGAUGAAAAGCCGGCAUGGACUGUUUCCGUACUGGACCUGAUACGGAAGGUCGCGCAACAAGACAAGACGAAGUUGUUGGGGAUCUGCUGGGGCCAUCAGGCAACGCACUACGCCCUGGGUGGUCAGCUGGCCGUGCUAGACUAUGGGCCCUUGAUUGGGGUUCAGCAAAUUCAGCUGAACGAAGACGGGCAGAAGUUCUUUGGUACAGAAUCACUGGCUCUCCAUAAGUACCACAAGCGAGUCGUGUCGACACCAACACCAGACUUUAUAGCUUUGGCUGACAACAACGAAAUCUUCAUCACCAAGUCGAGGAAAAUCAUGUCAUUUCAGGGACAUCCGGAGUUGAGCUACCAAAUCGCAAAAGCCAUGAUGGAAACCGAUGAUGGCUCCUACCAACCGCCCGCAAAUGUUCCAAAAUCAGACACGGCAUUGAAGAUCCAGGAUAUAAGUGCAAGCCAAGACGGAAAGAAAGUCUGGGUCAAUAUCAUGAAAUGGGCUACUUCAUAG